GUUGAUCAAGGGCAUCAAUCAAGGGUAUCGAUCAACACUCGACUGCAGAUGCCUUCAGUGCGCAUGAUCUGCUGCUGUGACCGUCACAUUCAAACCAGGGUGGGGUCUAAUGAAUAGGAGGAGGGGCUUGUAUAAUUCCUGAAAAACAGGAUAUUAGAAAUGGCUGGGGCUUGAUAGAGGUAGGUAAAGGUAAAGUCUGUAUACAAGCCAAGUGGGUCAUCAGGCCGGAGCUUAUCCCAGUUUCUGCCGCAUGAAGUGACUAGGAGUAUUGUUACUCCACCCUAGUUGGGAUGCUAGUCCAUCACAUCCAGAUAGAGGGAAUGGGCUUGAAAUACAGAAAAUACUGUAGAGCCAUUAAUAAAAAAUAAUUUUUAAUUUAUAAUAAAGACAAUUUUUCUUUCAGACAAUGAUAUUCAAAUGGGAGGACCAAGAGCAAAACAUGUUGUGACAAUCAAUGAACAAGACAGUGAACCAACAUACCAAGGCCUCAGCAUUGAAAAUGGACAAAAACUUGAAGUGGUAUUACAUGGUAGCUUGGAAGAUAAUCACACUGUUUAUCAAAGCCUGAACAAAAAAAUACCCGAGACUCCUGUUUACCAGAGUUUGAAGAAAGGACAGAAUUCCAUAGAAGAACCAAACUUCAAACCACAACCUGGUGGAACAGGACAGACAAAAAAAAGAACCAAAGUAUUAGAAGAACCAGUCUAUGUUAAUAGCCGUAGACAAAUGGAUGCAGAGCUAGGGAACAGGCCUCAGCCACUUUAUAAUGUGCUCGAGUCAGAUCCAGAGAAAGGUUAUGGGGCAUCAGAGAGUGAUAAUCACAGAGACACACAAGACCCUCUUUAUGUUGUACUUGUUGGGUCGGAUUCAGAGAGAGAUUGUAGGGCCCCAGGGAAUGAUAGUCAUGGGUACACAUCAGACCCUCUUUAUAAUGUCCUUGAAGGUCCUGAUGGUAAUACUAGUGACAUGCAGCCUGAGCCUUUGUACAUCAAUGUACCUAAAGGGCCUGAGUCUAACCAAGACCCACAGGAACCUCUUUAUAAUGUGCUGGAGAGCUCUGAUGCUGAAGACAACCCCACUGAAACAGAGGGUUCUUAUGGCUCAAGUAAUGUGGCCUCGUAUAAUGUUCUCAAGGAACCAGAUUCAAUUGGAGCAAACGAGAGUGGCAUGGAUUAUACUCCUUCUAAUUUGCCCUUUUCUCUAGCUUCUUAUGACAAUCAAGCAUACGACCCAAGUCUUGAGCCUGAUGUAGCAUAUGGCAUAGUAUGCAGGUCUGGGCCACCUCCAAGGGAGUCAGUAUAUGAGGCCCUUAGGAAGCCUGAUAGGUGUGAUCUAUAUGAGCCCCUGAGUAAAAGGAGAGCAUAAAAUAAUUAUAUCAUGCAACUUGCAAAACAGAGUAGUUUAUGAGGUGUGCUCUGGUUAAUCAUACUACAUGACUGUGUGUUAUUAAAUAAAUUAAGCUGAGAUCAAUCUUUACAAAUAAUUUAUUAUAUAUUAAUUUCAAACCAUAAAUCCAUUCUAUCUAAAUUAAAAUUAAUUUCAAACAUCAGUACAGACACAAGUUUGGAACCCAUGAGCUUACAAGAAUUCUCCACACUGACUCGCACAUUUUCCUAUGUUAAUAAUUUUAUAACUGUAGUUGAGAGAAUUUGAUCCUACAAAAAGACAGUUCCCCUGCUGAUCAAAUCUGUAAUUCUCGUAACCUUUGUUGAGAAAUUAGAUCUUUAUCAGUCUAAGUGUAAAUUUAAGGGUUUUAUUGGACUUUUUGUGGCUUUGUAUGUAAAAAUGGCCAUACUGGGGAAAACACAAAGAUAAAAAAGUAAUUUCCUCUUAUAGUUCAUACUUUUUACAAAUGAAUAGCUAAAAUCACAAUGCUCAGAUGUUGAUCUAAAGUUAUUUCUUGCCUAUCAGAUAAGACUACCAAGAAGUAAGAAUGGUGUCACUGUGAUCUUAAUCACAGAUAUGAGUCCUGUUUGCAGUGACUGGCAUCAAGCACAUGAGUGAACGUGAUUGGUUUUCCUACAUGAAUUGCCUUCAUGAAAACUCCCUGAAAAAUCACAAUGGGCGUGCUGGUUGAUGUUGGUGACAAAGAUGCCACAGCCACUACACCAAUGUUUUAUGCUAGAUUCUAAAAUUAAGGACAUUGUGUC